AUGGCUGUCAUUCUGAUCACUGCCUCUUGUGCCAUCAUCUCCACCAACCUGCUCGUCGCUGCGGCUCUACUCAAAAUCCUCUUCAAAAAGAAGCGUCAAAGUUGGUGCUUUGUGUUGAACUUGGCCGUAGCAGACACAUUGGUUGGAGUCGCCAUCACAGGUUUAGCCACAGAGGAUUUAAACACAGAUGGUGCUAACAAUAAUGCUACACAGAGCAGAUCGAACAUGGCUCAGAGUCGGGGCAGAUGUCUUUUGCGGAUGACGUUUGUGAGUUCUCCAUGCAUCGCUUCCAUCAUGUCUAUGUUCUUGAUAUCUUUGGACCGUUACGCCGCCAUCAAAAUGCCCUUAAAGUACGCGCAGAGGUCGGGCAGAGCAGUGGCGUUCUGGGCCCUGGCUUCUCUUUGGGUCUGUGCCUUUGCCUUGGGGUUCAUGCCAGUGUAUGUUCCGGCGCUGCAGUCCGACCUGUACCGUGGCUUCUGUGACUUCUUCUCUGUGAUCUACGACGUGGGGAUCAUUAUACUGUACAGCGUCUGCUUCUUCCCCGUGGUCUCUGUGUUCCUCUACAUCUACCUGGACAUCCUGAAGAUCGCAUGUUCUCACCAGAGACAGAUCCUGGAGGUCAGACAGGCAGGGUCCAGGACCAGUGAGCACGGCAGCACUUCAGACCACCACAACAAGCUUAAGAGCCCUUACUGGAGUCACGUCCGGGCCCUGCGCACCGUGGCCAUGCUGGUGGGAUGCUUUGUGCUUCUCUGGUGCCCCUUCUUCAUCACUGGCGUGGUGAAGCUCCUGUGUGGAGGCUGUCAGCUCACGCAGCUCCUUGAGGGGUAUCUGUUUCUACUGGGACUGUCCAACUCGCUCCUCAACCCACUGGUCUACGCCUUCUGGCAGAAGGAGGUACGGCAGACGCUCGCUCAAAUGUUCUCAGGCUGUAAACGAAAAACUCGACAACAAUCAGGGACGGGAGGAAGCGGCCACCAUCAACACAACACAAACAGAGACGAUGCUAAUGCUACGUGUGCAAGUUAA